GGACAAGGGAUAGGGGUGGAAAGGAACAGGUGGAGGAUUUUCCGGAGCGGAGGUCUGUCUUGCUCCUCCGGGAGCAAACUCAGCCCCCGCUUAGCAGUAUGAUGGGUCAGUUAGGAAAAAGUGAAUGAAGGAGGAGGAGGAAGAAGAGGAGGCGGAGGGAGGUGGCGGCGGUGCUGGCGUUGACUCCGGCGUUGGCGUUGGCUUUGGCGGCUGCAGCAGAUCGAGAAGGAGGAGGUGGUGGUGGAGGAGGAGGAGUAGGGAGCGCGCCUGACUGCCCGGGCCGCACGUCGGGGUCUGGGCGCUCCGCGGCGGCUGCAGUGGCCACUGGAGCAGAGCAGCGCCUCCCCUCUCCCAGAGACCCAUGGACAGCUUGCCGGCCUCCGGGGCCAAGCCCCCCAGCGGGAGGAAGAUGAAAGCUCGAGCUCCCCCUCCUCCUGGAAAGCCAGCUACAACUCCGAAUAUCCAUAGUGGUCAGAAAUCAAACAGAGACUUGGGAAUCCUCCCUCAGCAGAACCUCGUCAACAUGAAAGAAAACCUGAGGAGCAGCAUGGUGGAUGUCAAUGUGGUUUUGCCCAAUGGAGUAGAAAUAAAGAGUGCUGUCAAUGGGAGUCAUGCCAUGAUGGAUCUGCUGGUCGAGCUAUGUCUCCAGAACCACCUAAAUCCAGCCCACUAUACCCUGGAGCUCAGGUCUUUGGAGACCCCAAAACCUUUGAGUUUUAAGCCAAAUACUUUGAUAGGGACUCUUGAUGUUCACACCAUAUUCCUGAAGGAAAAAGUCUCUGAAGACAAAAACAAACCAGUUCGCCAGAAGGUGCCUGAGAAGUCUGUGCGGCUGGUAGUGAAUUAUUUGCGGACGCAGAAGACUGUAGUACGAGUGAGCCCUGAUGUCCCGCUGCAGAACAUUCUCCCAGUUAUUUGUGCAAAAUGUGAAGUCAGCCCUGAUCACGUCAUUCUCUUAAGGGAUAAUAUUGCUGGGGAGGAGCUGGAGCUUUCUAAGUCCCUGAAUGAAUUGGGGAUAAAGGAACUCUAUGCAUGGGACAACAAAAGAGACACCAAUAGAAAAUCACUGGGCAGUGAUGUCGUGGAUAAAGAGAAGAAGAAAUUUCUGGGGUUUUUCAAAGUCAGUAAAAGAAGCAAUAAGGGCUGCUUAACAACUCCCAACUCCCCUUCUGUGAAUUCUCGUUCCCUUACAUUGGGUCCAUCCCUCUCCCUUAGCAACAUCUCUGGAGUAUCAUCAGUAAAGUCAGACAUGAAGAAGCGUAGAGCACCUCCUCCUCCAUCAGCAACACCAUCAGUAACACCAUCAGCAACACCAUCAUUGCCAAGCACCGAGACAUUUGGUCAAGACAAAGUGUCAGAAAAGGUAUCACAAGCAUCACAGAACGAAUUACAGAAGAAAAAGAGACGUGCCCCAGCACCACCAGCACCACCAACACCACCACCGCCACCAUCAACUCCCCUCAUCCCAAACAGGACAGAUGAUAAGGAAGAGAAUAGGAAGAGCACAAUGGGUGUUGGACGGCAGGUGCCACAGAAGCCUCCUAGAGGCUCUCCUCGAGGCCCACCCCAGUUAGUGCUUCCCCCACCCCCACCCUACCCUCCUCCAGACACAGAUAUUGUGGAUUCUCCAGGGUUCCACAAUGAAGCAGAUGGGACAGAAUCCUCAGAACUGGGACCCAAACUAAGCCUGCCACUCAUCCACAAUAGUAAUUGUUCCAUGGACGGUAUGAUCACCGAGCUAUCUGAGGUAGAAGAGACGGCAUCUGUAAGCAGCUGUUUUGCAUCUGAAGAUACAACUACCGAAGACUCCGGAGUCAUGAGCUCUCCAUCAGACAUCAUUUCUCUGGAUUCACAAAACGAUAGUAUGAAGUCCAAAGAUAAAUGGGCUUUAGAUCAGGAAGAUGCUACUGACACAGACAUGACCUGUGCCGGAGAGCUUGGUCCCCCGAGGAGUGCUUCACAUGAGAGUGAUGACUCUGGGAUUACUCAUCUGAGAAAUAAAAGAGCAGUUACAGCAAAGGAUGAUGAUGACAUCUUUAUUAAUGGACAGCUCCAGAAGACACUGGCAGAAUUUGAUGAAGAUCUUGAAGAAAUGGAAGGUGGUUAUGAAAGGGACACCAGCUCUUUCAUGGACUCCACAAACGGUGUACCCAAUUCCCAUGGACGAGAGGUCAUAGUGUCUAAAGAUGAUGCUUACACGAUUCCAGUGACAUUUAUUGGGGAAGUCUUAGAUGAUCCUGUUGAUCUGGGGACUUUCAUCAAUAAAAACAACAAUGCAGGUUCUUUUGAUAUGGAAUAUGUGACUAGCAAAACAACCUACAUGACCGAGAGCCCCAUGUAUGACCAAUCCUACAAGGUAAAAACCAGCCAUGUUCUUGUGAAAAAGAGGGAGAAUAUGUUUGAAUCUCAUGUUACUUCAUCUGAAAUGAAUAAAGAAAAGGACUUGGUACCAUCCAACAACAGCAAAAGUGAACUGAAGCCCAAGGUGGCUUCUUCUACUCCUAAACCUCAAAUAAGUGACUUCUAUUCGAAAGAAGAUAACAAUCAGGGUCAUGAGUCAAAUGGCAUCGAAAGAUCACACCUGACUAAAAAAAUGAUUUCAGAACUGAUGAUGGAAAAGCAAACCAAUGAUAAAAAUGAUCUCAUAGUGCCAUCAUCAUGGUAUUACCGAGGCCAAAACCCAGUAGGACCCAAAGCUGGCCUCACAACCUAUAAAAUUGUUCCUCCAAAAUCAGAGAUGAAAUGUUAUGAUAGAGGAGUAUCCCUCUCAACUGGUGCCAUUAAGAUAGAUGAAUUAGGCAAUCUAAUUAGCCCACAUGUUGAUGGGAAGAAAAACACCUCAACACCCUCUGUUGACGAAAUGGAGACACUUCCCAUUAGGAAAGUAAAGGAAUUCUGGAGGUCCAAUUCCAUAGAGAGACAUCCUGAGGGGCCUGUAGACUAUCCCUCUAAAAGAACUACAUCUACUCUGCCAUUAAAACAACACCAUAAAGAAACUAAACUUAAAGCAGAACCAGAAUUCUUGGACCCAAAACUAAAACUAUCACAACCAGCUACCCUCAAAGUUGAUGAAAACAACUCUGAGCUGGACAGAAACAAGCCACCUGCUACAGCAGUCACCAGCACAACUCAGGCAAAAGCACCAGUUGCCACACCAGCUAACCCUACAGGAGAAGGCCUCUCUUUCCUUAAACCUCAGAGAAGAACAUCAAGCCAAUACGUUGCCUCUGCGAUUGCAAAACGGAUGGAAACUCCUCGAGCCAACACUAGCUCCCUUGGCAAGAGUGAGAAAGAGCAGAGCAGAUGGGAAAGCCGGAACCUUAGACAAGAUUUGGCACCUCCUCUGGAGAAGGAGACUCUAUUAAAUAGCGCACAUCUAACAACAAAAUCAGCUAAAAAUGAUCCCAAAAGGUCAUUCUCUGACUGUUGGGUUGGCCAUGGAAAACAACCAACUAAAACCACCAUUGGAGCCUCUUCUGGGAUGGAAAACAGAGAAGCAAAUAUCAAGCCUCACGCUCAGGACAAUUCUACAGAGAGCUACAAACACAGCAUUAGUGGACCACUUACCACAUCUUCCCCCAAAAUGGAUUAUUCUGUAGAAGUUGUUUGUGGUUACAAUGGAAAGCAGAACUACAACCAAAAGACCAGUUCUGUCUGCGACCCAAAAUGCAAGACAGACAAUGCAAACUCUUCUCUCUCUACGAGGUCGCCAGGAUUCCAAACCUCCAGUGGCAGUGCUCUGAGCUCCACAAAAUGGCCCUGUGUCAACAGCAGUGACCAGAAUGCUUCAGGUGCAAACGAUCAAGGUGUUUCGAAAAGGGAAGACAAAUCCAAUGCCUCAUCUGCUCAUGACAAUGAACUAGAGAAUCCUCUACAGGCCACUGUAUUUGGGCCCAAAAAGAAAUUCAAACCAGUUGUCCAGAAACCAGCACCCAAAGACACUUCCCUGCACAGUGCUUUGAUGGAAGCCAUUCAGACAGCUGGAGGAAAGGAAAAACUCAGAAAGACUGCAGAACACAGCCCAGAGGGAAGUCUGAAGAAACCUUCAUACGUGGAGCCUGAGAGCGAAAGGUCAGCCCUAUUAGCAGCAAUCAGAGGUCACAGUGGUGCCAGCAGCCUGAAGAAGGUCUCAUCUUUAGCCGCAGGAGAACUUCAGAGCUUCCGAGAAGCAGCACUCUCCAAACAAGCCACAGAAGUCCCUCCUCAGGAAGAAGAGCCUCCCAUCCCAGCCCCACCAGUAGUGCCACCACCGCCCCCUCUUGCUUCCAGAGCAUCUUCUGUGUCAAAGGUGACGCCCAGAUUCCCUGCAGCCCCUAUGAAUGACCGUGUAGAUGCAAGGCAAGCUCUCCUGGAUGAUAUUCGUUCUGGCCUGGGGGCCGCAAGAUUGAAAAAGGUCCCGUUGCUUGUUUGAAUAGCAUAUAAAGAACAGAUAAUUGCAAAAGCUAACCCUGUAACACACCCAUAAUCAUCAUUCAAGGACUUGGAGCGGCGAGGAACAUCAUAAGUCGGUAUUACUUUCUUGUCUAUAGGCCAAAAUAUAUGUAGUUAAUUUUCAGCAUGUUCCUGUAUAAUGGUUCAAAGGGAAAAAAUACUUUUCGCUGCCCAGCCUGUGUGCCAAGGAAAUGUGUUCUGCCUCUGAAUAACUAAGGUUGCCAAUGAACUAUUCUUAUUGGCAGGUUAAUAAAAAUAUAAACAUUGUGUAGCCCAGCACUACAGCACUAACACUUAAUUAUCCAUUUGGGCAAAAAUGGAGAGGUCUUUGUCCUCCACUGAUUACAGACAGCCGCCAAGCCUUUUUACCGUAUACAGCUGUUCAGAAAACAUCUCCUCAAGCAGGAGAUAAAAGGGUCAGUGACCAGUUAAAGGCAGUCAGAAAGUAAUACAGGACCUCUGUGUCCUGGGAGGGAUUUUAAAAGGGCGCUGUGACUUUUUCAAAGCUGAAAUUGUCUGAUUCUUGCCUCCACGUAGAUUGGGGAGCCUCAUCCCAUGGUGUUGCCUAGAUCUGUCUCUGACCCACUGUUUUUCUUUAAACAAAUUAUCCUAAUCUCAUGAUAUUUAUCAAACACUUUCCUGUUCAUGGGAUCCAUGCCGGGAGACACUGGAAAGGUGGUUAGUAUCGGACCCUCAGAAUGACCAGGGAGCAGACGGUCUUCAGUGACCGUAGCUUAGGUUGUCUCUGAAGCUCGUCACGGAUGGGGAUAUGAAGUAUAAGCAACAACUGCAAUGCUGCCUGCUGACCCCAAGAAACGUCCUUAGACCGCUUGCUCUCCAGAGAGCACCAAGAAGGGGGAGAUCGUGUGUUUACAUGCCACAGAGAUUAAAUUGGUUUGGGAAAUGACUUUGAGAAUUUUGCUUUAAUGAUUCGUGAUUGGGGACUCAGGCUUAGCCCUUCCAGCUUGCACUCCAGGAUCCUUGCCUUCCCCAUCCUUGUACUAUAAAUCUUCUUAUAGCAUCCUGUUUGGUGUCACCAGUAUUUAUAACAAAGUUUAACUUUUCUUGUAGUAUUCUGUACAUAUCCUUAAAGUAUUUUGUUAAAUUGAAAUAACUUUAAAAGAUAAAUAGCGAUCAUGAAGAUUUUUUUCCUGUUAUCUAUAUCAUCUUGGGGGGAGGGGGGGAAGGGGAAGAAAAUAGAAAAUGUCUGUAUUUUUUUUUAAUGAUUAGUUCAGCUCUGGGCACCAUCCAAAAUGGAAACCUUGUUUUUCAUUGCUUAAACUUAAACCAGAGCUACACAUGUCACUAACUUUCCAAAAUGAGGAGAGCAUUCAGCCAAUUGCUUUUAUCUGCAACUGUCUGUAUUAUCUGACUGUUAGUGCCACAAAUAAAACAAAUUAAGUUGCUAUAA